CCAACCUUGUUUACUGUAAACUUUCGUAUUGUUUUUUCGGUUUUUAUUUUUCUUUAGUUCUUUAGUUGGAGUCCUUGGGCAACGAGUUGGACUUUUAUUUAGAUUAUCCUAACUUUCAAUUCUAAUUACCUAUUACUUCACGAGGCCCAUAUAUCCUCACAAACGCUAGCAAGACGGAAAACAAGCAUCUUCCUCGUUUGGCCUGUGCCCGGUCCUAGUGUGUUGUUGCCCUCCACCGCAAAAAGAGAGAACGGUGUAAACAAAAAGUUGUUUAUCUAUAUCCCCCUCUCGCCGUUAUUGUGUUGUAAUUUGUUUACCCUUCUCAUUUCUUUUUGAUUCGAUCGGUGAAAAAAAUAAAAAUGUCCGAGGACGUAUCCAAAUUUUUGAUGCAGGUUAAAGAAUUGGGCGAUCGACGAAUCGAAGAAGAUGAGGCCCGUUCACGAGAAUUAGAAGAGAGAAUAUUACGGGAAAGAAAAGAACGAGAGGCUCGCCGCGCAGAACGCGCCAGGUCCAUUUCACCUCAAAAAUCGUCACCAGCGAAUACUCCACCCCCUACGACACACCGCAUCGACACUCACGGCUCGUCUAGCCGCCUCAAUUUAGACUCAUCUCCUGUUCUCGAGCCUCCUGCCAGCCCUCACACUCGUUCUGGUUCUAACGCUGAAGAAAUGGUUUCCCCUGGAGAAUUCUCGACCUCCCCCUCAAAAGAGAACGAAUUGCCAAUCGAUUUGGAAAAUAAGCAACCCGGUCAAAUUUCCCCCACUCGAACCGGAUCUAGGGCCAGGGGGUUAUCGUGGCAGAGAAGACCUAAUUCCCAGACCUCCGAACGCUCACGCAGCCGGCCAUUGUCCAUAGUUGCUGCUGAAAACGCUGCACGAAAUCCCCCUCCUGAACCUACUUCGGCAACAGAAACUAUAUCAAGAGAUCAAAUUGCCUCGGCAUUGUCCUCUAAAGACCCCUCGUGGUUCCGUCAAACUGCUGAUAGGGGUGCCAAUUCCGCCGCUUAUCGACGAAACCAGGUCGAGGAUAACCAAAUCGCAGACAUUUCUCAGAUGCCGGCUCAGCUUCCGGGCAUAUCGCGUGCACCAUCUGGCGGGGCUCCAAAGGAGGAUGCUGGCUCAAAACCAACAUCUCCUGACCUUCACAGCAGCUUUGCUUCCCCUCCCCCCUCGGCGAGCACACCCAAAACAGACCCCUUUACUAGUGAAACCCAGCUAGAGUUCGAUAUUAGCCAAGAACGAUCCCUAAUGUCACCCCCUUCCGGACGAACCUCGCCAUCUAAAAUGGAUAGAUCUGGCUCGCCAACGAAAGGAAUGGGCGGGUUCGUACAGAGUGCUAUGAUGAAGCGCUCGGAUAGCAUUAAAAGAUGGAGCGUCCAAUCGCCGUCUGGUGCACCACGUGUAGACCCGGUCGCCUCCAGCCGGAUAAGUGCUGGGCCAAGGUCGAGGCCGGCCAGUAUCAUUCGCGACCCUUCACUGGAGCUUUCGCCGAGACCUUCACCAAAUCCGGAAGGAGAGCGUCCAAAAGAAGAUUCGGUUGACCCAGAGAAGCCUAGUGAUUCGCUCAAACUCGACAGCAAAUCACAAGCGGAACCACAGGGGCAAGAUCCCGGCAGGACUACGCCUCCUACCAGCCCCUCCAAAACCAUGGAUUCUAGAAGAUGGAGCCCUACGAAAUCUAGCUGGCUGGAAUCUGCCUUAAAUAAACCCGAGUCCCCCAAACCGAAGCAUAACCCUUCCGCAAGCCAACCAGCUUGGAUGGCAGAACUUCAGAAGGCGAAAGCCGAGAAAGCUGCCAAUCCGAGCGCGGAAAGAAGCAGGUCCCCCACUAUUUCGCAUAAGCAUCAAGUCAGCAUCGGUGGGCUUAUGAGGUCUUCCGCACCUGGCAUCACUGCAAAACCUGUUGGCUUGGGAGUUCUUCCACCAGGUCCCUCAGCGGGCACCAAUACUCGUUCCGAAAACAGUCCUGUCGCUCCAAAGGAACUUCGGAGCCCAACGAUGCCGGAACUGAAAAGUCCAGUCUUGGAUCGUAAACCCUCGGAAUCCUCCCUGCCUAUUAGCAAGCCAAAGCCCGACGCUCCACCUAAGAAGGACUUUCGAGCAAAUCUCAAACCUAGGCAACCCCCUCCAACGACUAGCGGUCCCCAAGACAAUGAGUUCAAGAACGUUUUUAGUAAUCUCCGAAAAACGACUACUUCGAACUACGUUGCUCCAGAUGAGCUUAAGGGCAAUAUUCUGAGAGGAAAGGCAUCACUUCAUUUUACUGGGGGGCCCAAGAAGACGGAACGUGUCGAUGAGUUUAAGGAAGCAAUCCAAUCGAGGAGGAAGGAUUUCCAGAAAGCCCAAUCGGAAGGUCGCGGUAUUACGCGAAAUGACAGCACAGCAAGCGAACAACCAGUCCCAGAGGGCUUACUUAAACGGGGCGAGCUUGGGCGGUCAAAUACAAUAACCCAAGACUCUCCCACUUCAGAGGUAGCAGGAUCAGACUUUAGAAGGCCAAGCAUUGUAUCAAAAUCUGUUUCUCCCCAAGAACCGCCAUCAAGUAAGCUUCAACGAUUCGGUGGUAUUGAUAACCGCGAUCCCUCUCCGGAAUUCAAAUCUCCCAAGGUGGAUCCUCUAAGCAUGGCCCCAAGUAUGACGAGAAGAGGGUCGGUCCAACCAAUUGACCAGUCACCAAUUACCCAAAAGGAUGCUAGUAUUCCCGGCCGGUUGCCAGGGAAGAUCGGAGGUGGUGGUUUAGCAAACCGGUUUAAUCCAGCUCUCGCUGGCUUGAUUGCUAAAGGACCACCAGGCAUGGGGUCUGGAUCUUCAUCCUCUAGUCCGUCAGCAUCGAGCUCGCGCAACCCUGCUUCUGAAGUAAAUGAUAACGAAGCCGGCUCGGGUCCAAAGUUGACGCAUAUGACAAAAGGUCGCGCUCGGGGACCUAAGAGGAAAGCUCCUACUUCCGCUGCUUCAGCACCAUCAACAUUUUCUGGCGAGCAAGAAGGAAAAUCGUUUGAAACAAAUACAAGCGAAAAGCCCGCCUCCAUUUCACCAAUUCAGCCAGAGAAGGCUUCUAUUUCCACUCUAGAGCCUCAAAUAACUUCACCAGUUGAUUCCCCGACGGUGGGCUGCGAUGAACCAGCGAGACCAAAACUGCAACCUGUAGGUGCCGCUAAGUCGUUCGACUCCGUAUCCGAAGAUUCCCCUAGCAAAAUUUAUGAACAGGUGGCCGCGUAUGUCGCUCAGGGGAGACAACGAUCGCCGACGAAGACAAUUGAAGAACCUAAAGAGACCACUUCUCAGCCGCCAUCCCCAAGGAAGCUGGAUAUGAAACGGAUGUCACGUUUCCUCGAUGACUCCACACAAGCUUCUGAAAAAAAUGGUGAGCCUGAGCCGGUCAAGGAUGUGAAAAAGGAUAACGACUUACCACCAGUGGCGAAGCCAAAGCCUUUAUUUGAUAAGUCGACCGCUUCCGAUGCACCAAAGUCCGAGGCGCAACCACCUCCGCCGAGCAAGCUCAAUAAGCCGCUACCGGAACCCCUCUCUUUGGAGCGUAAGAAGCAGCCUCCCGCGGAGGUCAGUAGCUCUAGUCCUAUUUCUUCGAAGGCUACCGCGACAACUCCUUCGAGCACCCGGCCUUUACCGGCAAUUCCAACGACCGCCGAGCCAGAACUUUCAUUGCGCAACCGUCCAUUACCAGCAGAACCCAAACAGGCUCCACGCCCUUUACAAAAUCCUAUAUCAAAAUCACCGCCUGAGACGACCUCACCCGUUCGUUCACCUACUAAACAAUCAUAUGAUGCUUCUACCCUGCUCAAUGACUUUUUUGACCCCGAACGCUCACGAAAGAAGUAUAACGUAGAUGCCGCCGAGUUAUUGAUGCAUCGGCCAAACGUAACUCCAACAAAAGUACAAACAUUAAAGUCUCAACUAUUCCAGUUCUCGGCGGAUGGCAAAAGACUACCAGUCCCAACCCAUCACGAACGCACCUUAUUCGAACGUGAAAUGUACCUCUGUUCUCAUACGUUCAAGGAUGAAUCAGGCAAGAAGGUUUUUUCGGAGGUUUAUUUCUGGGCGGGAGACGAAGUGCCCCAAUCAACUGUUGAAGACGCAUCGGUAUUCCUUCCUCGCGAAGCGAAGUCUCUAGCCGGCAAGUUGAUCAAGCUUCAACAAGGCAAGGAGACCCCUGAGUUUCUUCAAGCGCUGGGGGGUAUAGUGAUCGUCCAACGUGGCUCAGGUAACAAGUUCGACUCACUUGCCCCACAUAUGCUAUGCGGAAGACGAUAUCUCGGACAUGUUGUCUUUGAUGAGGUUGAUUUCACGCCUGCCUCGUUGUGCUCUGGAUUUCCGUACGUUGUGACAACAGCCGGAAGGUGUUACAUAUGGAAAGGCAAAGGUAGCGGGGUUGAUGAGUUAAGUUGCGCACGUCUCAUAGGGAUGGACUACGCGCUAUCGGGUGAAAUGGAAGAAGUUGAGGACGGUCAGGAGCCGGCCAAUUUCUGGAGUCUUUUCGAUACCAAGUCCAAGCCUGUGUCGGCCGAUCAUUGGCGUCUCAAGCCCAACUACGAUAAAUACUGCAGCCGGCUAUUCUACUCGGAUGCAGCUUCUAGGCAGCAGAUUAUCGAGAUAUCUCCUUUUUCGCAGGUGGAUAUACAGCCAACGGGCAUUUACGUACUCGACGCUUUCUUCGAAUUGUACAUCAUCGUAGGAUCACGGGCCCAAUCACAGUAUUCGUCGUUCCAUAACGCAUUAGAUUUUGCCCAAGAGUACGCAAUUCUCGCGGCAGGGAUGGAAGAUAGGCCAUUCGUUCCGUUCUCGUCUGUCGUACUAGAGGGUAUUCCUCGGGAUAUGAAGAGCGUGUUCCGCAAGUGGCGCGACGCCAACAGUCCCACAGUCACAAACGUGAGCACGGGACUCAAGCGAGGACGCAGUUUACGGGUUGUGCCACUCAACCAGGCUCUACAGGCACUGAGUGAUUAGGAAUCUUCUCGGUCUUGAGUGUAACUGUUCGGAGCUUCCUCUGGGCACGUGGAGGAAACAUCACUGUUUUGCAAGGAAUUUGGAAUUUAGUAUCUAUCGACGCCUUAUCAUAACAGCAGUCGCAUAGCUUCCUUCGUGGACGAGGGACCGCUUGCCCAUAUCUUGCAUGUACGUCCUGUACAUGCAUACUUUAAUUCGUGUAUUUAUUAGGGAUGUAUAGGUCAGGUCGAAGACAAGGACGGCGUUAGGGAAGCAUGUACAUAUUGAUGCAUGUUCUAGGGCGCAAAGGGUUGAUACAAGAGCCUUGCUAUUUGUAGGUACGCCGUUAGAUCUCACGACGGAAUGAUCAUGCAAUCGAUGUCGAGGAAAUACUACUUCAUUAAACUAUAGGCCAUCUACUGAUCGAUAAAUAUUCGGAUAUUGAACGCAACGCAGGUUGAAAACA